AGGGACCAUAACCAGUGUUAGCCACUGAAAGAUGUCCAGUGUUAAUCUAAGAGUAAUCUGAGUUAUAUUCUUGAUGUUUUGUGUUACUAUUUGAUUACACGUCACACUAUGUUGUAUUAACUGUGCUAUGGCAUUUGUAGUCUGGAUAGCUGGUUAUCUAACUACCUAACGCAUGUCAAACAAAACCCAUCAUUGUCCUUGAUCAAUAUUCACAGUUCAACCAGUGCCUAUUUCAUUUUAAUAGCUACCAGAGAACCUUAUUAUUUUUGUUUCCUAAUCCCAAAUUACUAACUACUAAUUGUCCUUGUUACUUUCCGCUUGUUUUAUAGGAGCAGCUGUGUAUGAUUUCAUAGCUGUUGACGCACUGGCAGUCUUCCUAAUGAUAAUAGAGGGGUUUUGCAGGAUAUGAUCUCAAAGGCCAGGGUGUUUGGCUGAGAUUGGCAGGUCGCUUUGUGCACGAGACUAUAGCAGCACUAUAGUCUAUGGCAUGUGGUUAAACUGGCUGCUAAUCUGCCAGAAAAAGGCUUGCAGGCAAAGCUUGGAAUUUUCUAAUUUAUAAAGAUUGGAGAACAAUUACAUGCUGUCAUGGGAUUUAUUUUUCCUUAGAAAAAGUUGGGUCUAUGUAAGGUUGGAAAAUUACUGAAAAUAACAAACACAAUAUGUUUUGAACAUGGCAUAAAUGGCUACUUAGUUACGUUGAGGUGUUUGCUUUUGGUUAUUAUGCAACAUUGACCAGGCAGUGCCAGCUCAGAGUAAACUCGGAAAGGGCAGGACUGUUCCGAGUGUACACAACAAGAAGGCUAUCUUUUGAAUUCAUUUAUUUACUUUUUUUUUCUAUUUUCUAAUUAUUCAUACUGAGAGCCCAUCUAAGGUCAAGGUUUUAUUUACAAUAUGUACUUGUGUAUGUUGCGUCAGCCAUUUAAAAGCACUUUAUUCAGUAUAGUAGUACAAAGGCCACAUUAUGAAAAGGCUUCUUUCUUAAAAAUGUUUUGAAAUCUAGGUGUGUGACAAAUGAGUGAGCAUGUACAAUCAAGUCUGCAUUUUCCAAUGUAAACAGAGGUUUAAGAUAGCAGUGCCUGUAAUGAAGCCGAGUAGAUAAGUAAUGGACUGUGGUAAGUUUCACAUGUGGUAAAAAACCAGCCUUCACCAAUCAGCUCCACAUCCUGCAAUCACACCGACAUGCGGCUUUGUUGGAGCACCCGAGGGAGAUCAGUCACAUAAGGACACUUUGCACACUGUCUGUAAUUUACUCCCAUUUUUCUGAGCACUGAACUGUGGAAAGAUGAUCCUGGAAAGAGAUCAAACGAUCAGUGCAGAACACUCUUGAAAUCACCUGCUGAGAAGAAACAAAAGUUGCCCUUCUGUAGCCUGACUAUUUGGACCACAGAUCUCAUUCCUGAUGGUGAUUGCUGGCACGUGAUGAUACAGUGGAGCUUGGAGUGUUUGGCUGACGUGUGCAUGGCAUGUCAAAGUCGGAAAUACAGGAGGAGGAGGUCUGUACUGAGGUUUCCCGUUUCCUGGUAGGUGUUGAGGACCAUGUGUGUGGAAAACUGGAGGGUGGAAACAUGAAGAACGUUUCAGAGCCUUAUGAUGAAGAGGAGGAAGAUGACGAUCUGGCUUCAGAGCGUCAGAUUGUGGUGGGGAUCUGCUCCAUGAUGAAGAAGUCCAACUCCAAACCUAUGACCCAGAUCAUGGAGCGCCUUUGUAAGUUUGAGUACAUCACUGUGGUCAUCUUCCCUGAGGACGUCAUACUCAACGAACCAGUGGAGAAGUGGCCUCCGUGUGACUGCCUCAUCUCCUUUCACUCCAAAGGAUUUCCCCUGGACAAAGCAGUGAGUUAUGCCAAAUUAAGGAACCCUCUUCUCAUCAAUGAUCUCAACAUGCAGUAUUUCAUUCAGGACAGGAGAGAGGUGUAUCGCAUUCUGAAGGAAGAGGGCAUUGACCUGCCACGUUAUGCUGUGUUGAACCGAGACCCUGACAGACCUGAAGAAUGUAACCUGGUAGAAGGAGAGGACCAUGUUGAGGUGAAUGGGGAAGUGUUUCAUAAGCCUUUUGUGGAGAAGCCUGUCUCUGCAGAGGACCACAACGUGUACAUCUAUUAUCCGACUUCAGCCGGGGGAGGCAGCCAGCGGCUCUUUAGGAAGAUUGGGAGCCGCAGCAGUGUUUAUUCCCCUGAGAGCACUGUUCGUAAGACUGGAUCUUACAUUUAUGAGGAAUUCAUGCCUACAGAUGGUACAGAUGUGAAGGUGUACACAGUAGGACCUGACUAUGCCCAUGCCGAAGCUCGUAAGUCCCCAGCUCUGGAUGGGAAGGUAGAGAGAGACAGCGAGGGGAAGGAGAUUCGAUACCCAGUCAUGCUCACUGCCAUGGAGAAACUUGUGGCUCGCAAAGUGUGUAUGGCAUUCAAGCAAACCGUAUGCGGUUUUGACCUCCUCCGUGCAAAUGGCCACUCCUUUGUUUGCGAUGUAAAUGGAUUUAGCUUUGUAAAGAACUCCAUGAAAUACUAUGAUGACUGUGCCAAAGUCCUGGGGAACAUGGUUAUGCGAGAACUGGCUCCUCAGUUCCACAUCCCCUGGUCCAUCCCCAUGGAAGCAGAAGACAUCCCUAUAGUCCCUACUACCUCAGGAACCAUGAUGGAGCUCCGUUGUGUGAUCGCAGUGAUCCGCCAUGGAGAUCGCACACCCAAACAGAAGAUGAAGAUGGAAGUGAGGAAUGCUUUGUUCUUUGAUCUGUUUGAAGAAUAUGGUGGCUACAAGACAGGCAAACUCAAACUAAAGAAACCAAAACAGCUCCAGGAGGUGCUGGACAUUGCCCGUCAGCUGCUAGCUGAAUUGGGGCAGCACAAUGACUGUGAGAUUGAGGAGAAGAAAUCCAAACUGGAACAGCUGAAGACUGUGCUGGAGAUGGAAUCCAGCCUGAAUGAUAAUCAGUACGGCCAUUUCUCUGGGAUAAAUCGCAAAGUGCAGCUGACCUACCUGCCCAAUGGCCAGCCUAAAGCAUCAAGUGAGGAAGAAGACUCUCAGAAGGAAGGUCCUUCUUUGCUGUUGGUGCUAAAAUGGGGAGGCGAGCUGACUCCAGCCGGUCGUGUGCAGGCUGAGGAGCUGGGGAGAGCUUUCCGCUGCAUGUAUCCUGGAGGACAAGAUAACCGCAGAUCCCUGGGCUGUGAGUCCCCUACCGACUGUGGAGACUAUGCUGGCUUCCCUGGCUGUGGCCUGCUGCGUUUACACAGCACCUACCGCCAUGACCUCAAGAUCUAUGCUUCAGACGAGGGCCGGGUACAGAUGACCGCUGCUGCUUUCGCCAAGGGGCUGUUGGCUCUGGAGGGUGAGUUGACCCCUAUCCUGGUGCAGAUGGUUAAGAGUGCCAACAUGAAUGGCCUUCUGGACAGCGACAGCGACUCGCUCACAGACUGCCAACAACGCGUCAAAGCUCGGCUCCACGAGAUCAUGCAGAAAGACCAAGACUUCACUGAGGAGGACUACCAAAAACUUGCCCCAACUGGAAGCCCUUCUCUGGCCAACUCCAUGAAGAUCAUAGAAAAUCCUGUCAAAACAUGUGACAAGGUUUUUGCUCUUAUUCAGAGCCUCACGCGUCAGAUACGCAAGCGGCUAGAGGACCCCAAGUCUGCAAAUCUGCAGCUGUACCACAGUGAGACUCUGGAGCUCAUGCUCCAGCGCUGGUCCAAGCUGGAGAGGGACUUCCGCAUGAAGAAUGGCCGCUAUGACAUCAGCAAAAUUCCCGACAUCUACGACUGUGUGAAGUAUGACACACAGCACAACAGCUCUCUGGGCCUGGAGAACAUGCUGGAGCUCUUCCGACUAUCUCGUGCGCUUGCGGACAUCAUCAUUCCUCAGGAGUAUGGGAUAAGUAAAAUGGAGAAGCUGGAUAUUGCUAGUGGCUACUGCCUGCCUCUGGUUAAGAAAAUCCAGCUGGACCUGCAGAGGACACAUGAGGACGAGGCUGUCAACAAGCUACAUCCACUGUGGUUCAGGUAUUCGCGAGGUGUGAUGUCUCCGGGUCGGCAUGUGCGGACCCGGCUUUAUUUCACCAGUGAGAGUCAUGUCCAUUCACUGCUCAGCAUCUUCCGAUAUGGAGGCCUUCUUAAUGAGGAGAAAGACGAGCAGUGGAAGCAGGCCAUGGACUACCUCAGUGCUGUAACUGAACUCAACUACAUGACUCAGAUAGUCAUUAUGUUGUAUGAAGACAACAAUAAGGAUCCAUCUUCAGAGGAACGCUUCCAUGUAGAGCUGCACUUCAGUCCCGGGGUCAAGAGCUGUCGUGAUGAGGAGAAUGCACCAAUGGGCUUUGGGUUCCGCCCUGCCUCUUCGGAGAACCAGGAGAAGCAGGAAAACCUGGGCAGUCUGGAGGAUUUGUCUCAGGAUGAACCUGAUCGAGCCAUUCUUGCUGAGCACCUGAGUGUUCACAGAAAGUCCCCACUGAUUCGUAACCGAAAAGCUGGUUCCAUGGAGGUCCUCUCAGAGAACACAACUUCCUCUCGUGGUGCAGCUUAUCCUCUCUUUCCAUCUCGUUCCCGACAACCCUGUGAAGUCAAAUCUGGUGGACUUGGCUCCCUCUUCACUGGCCUCUUCAGUUCCUCCUUCCGGGGGGUGUCCUCCAGUGCUCCCAACCUUCGAGAGCUGGCCCGAACCCAGCGCAAAAAAGCCACGUCCCCUCAGAGACGAGUCAGUAAAGAGGAGUUGCUCUCAAUGCCGGCUGUAAAGAGGUUUUCUGUGUCAUAUGCCAGGCAUCCAACUAAUGGAUUUGAAGGCUGCUCCAUGGUGCCAUCUAUAUACCCCCUGGAGACCCUGCACAACUCCCUGUCGCUGAAACAGGUGGAUGAAUUCCUCAACAAAGUAUGUGAAAGCAGGAGAGAAACACUCACCAAGACUCUGAAAACUCUGAGAGCAAUGUUUGACUCUCAGAUUCAACCUUCCACAGAGCCUGAGAGUCAGGAGCCAGCUAGGUCUUCUUUAGCUUCUCCACUGCCAUAACAGCUAGCCUAGUCUCUAUAGUGUGAGUAUCUCCUCCAAUAUAUCAGUUUUCAGGACUCCAGGAGCAAUCCAUCAUCCCCAUCAUGUCACCAUCCUCACUAGCCUCCUGGAAUCAGGAGCUCUCCAAAAUAUGCAGCAUUCUUGAGCGUCUGCCACCAAAGAGACAAAGACGCCAGUCUGUGCAGGCUUUAAACUGUCACAGGCACUUGACACACUGUCUUCUUUUAGGCCCAUCCACUAAGCUCAUUGCCGGCUCUACGUAACUAUAUCCCACCCUCAUAUUGAGUUUUAAGUGUCAUAAUGUCUUGUGUGAGUUGUGUUUUGAUUUAUUUUGGCAGUGUAAUAUAUCUAGAUUGGCUCAAGCAUCAGUUCUGAGCAUUUCCCCUCACCAAAAAUUUAGGUUGCCCAUUGUAUGUAGCAUAGCUUUGAUUUUUUUUAUAACUCAUUUACUGUGUGCAUUUUGUUUCUCAGUCAAACUAGGUACGUGCUUUAGGACACAAAUGUCCUACAAUUUAGAAUAGUGUUGUUCUACCUGACUUGUUUUUUUAACAUUUGGGUCAUUUCUUUCUAAUACAGUACAGUACAGUAAAUAAGAAAAGAUCAAAAUGAAAUUAACCACUAGUACUGUGCUAUCUCAUCCUUAGAUGCCCUGGCCCACAGAGCAUCUAAUAUUAUAUCUACACUUAGCUGGUCACAGGCUUAUAUCAUCUGAUUGACUAUUCUUUCUUACACUUCCAAGUGUCUGACAGGAAAACUAAUUUAAUGAAGGGUGCCAAUAAUUCUGGAGUUGACCGUUCAUACAGUAACAAAUGCCAGAUCAAUUUCCCAUUUGUGAGUCUACUAUUUGCUAAACCUGUGCUUUUCCUAGGACAUUUUGCAUCAUAUGUGCCUUAGCAACUGAUUGUGCCUCUGUCUGUCUGUCUGUCUGAAGAUGCCAGCACUCAAUCCAUCACUGUUUCCAGUUUAUGACCUUCAGCUCAGUCAGCGGCAGGACCUCAGCGCCUCAGCGGCUAGUAAACCUCCAGACCGCACACUGUGCAGCUGCACUGAUCCUCACAUUGCUUAUUUAUUCUGACCUGAGUUCUUUAUACUUUGCUUUACAGUACAAAAGGUGGCAGGUGCUAAUCCAAGAACACCAUUUUGAGGUGUAGCUUCUGCCAUAUACCGCCACCGAGACUCCACUUCCUCAUCUACUCUCUUUUGCACUUAUUGUAAUUUGUCCAAUUAUGCAGUUGUCCAGUUAUGCAGAGCCUCUUCAGCUCCAGAAAAUCAGCAGAACACUGAAUCCAGCAAUUAGUUGCACUUUUAUACCUCUGUGAUCUGCAGGAGUGAGAUUUAAUUAUAGCUUAUUCUGAGCUGUGUGAAGAUAAGAAUACACACUAGUAAUUGUGUGCUCUUUCAGCUGAUUGGUGUUGUCACAUCUUCUUAUAGCCAAGAGAUUCCAUUGGACAAUGUAAUGUCACUCUGUGUCAGGCAACGCCUAAGAGAUGCAGGUAGACCAAUCAGAUCACAGUGGUGUGUUGAGUGGUGAUGUUUCCUCCUCCAGCACGCACAUACAGCUGAGUCACUGUGCCAGUAAACACAUGACAUGAAUGAAAAAUUAAAGUAAUUAUCCUGCAGCCAGAUGAUCAAGCACAACAUUUUUAAUUACUGAUUUUGUGUUGUAAGAGGUGUCAUUUUUAAUAUUGGAGAAUAUUGAAUAUUGUCUUUUUUUUAGCACAUUGCGUAAUGUAACUUGUUAUAAUGAGAGGAAGACUUGAAUGAAAUAGAAUUACUUGUAUGAUAUAUGAUAAUGAUAAUAUUUGAAAAUGUAUUUUGUCAACAGCAGUGCCUUAUUACUAUUAUAAGUAUUACAAGUGUUUGUUGUUUUUUUUUUACUGAACUUCUCAGCCAGUACUGAUUUAAAAUUUUUACCUCUACAUUCUCUGGUAGUGUCCUGCUUAAGAAUGUUCAUGGUCUGCUGUCUCUGGCAAAGAGUUAUUUUAUUCUAAAUCACAGAACAAUUGAAUUUUAGAGAUUUCAAUAUUAUGUUAUAUUAAUAAAAUUGUGUGUAUAAAAUGGUGGUGGCUUUAUUUAUAUCUGAAUAAAAGAUAAUUAUGUUUUACCAGUUAAGAUAUUUCAACUGAACAACAAACUGGCACUGUCAUAAUAAAACAACAAUAUUCCAUUAGA